AUGGUAAAUUGGAAAUUUUGGCAAACAGGUGAUGAAUCUAAUGAGUCAUCACCAUUAAUAAAUCGUCAACAAGAGCCAGUUUCAGAACCAAUCCCAACAAAUAUACCAUCACAACCAUUAGGAGUUAGUUCAUCAAUUUUACGUAACAGACAAACACAUGAAGAAUAUGUAAUUGAUAGCCCACCAUUAAGUCAAUCAGUAGAUAACAUAUCAACUAUUAAACAACAGGGACCAUUGUUUGAAGAAACACCACAAACAUUUAGUAGUUUUUUUGAUAAGUUACAGAAAAAAAAUACAGUUAUAAAUAGUAGUGGAACAGACUAUGUAAAAAAAGAUAUUAAUAGCAAUAAUUAUACCAAUAAUAAUAAUAAUAAUAAUAAUAAUAAUAAUAAUAAUAAUAAUAAUAAUAAUAAUAAUAAUAAUAAUUAUAAUAACAAUAAUAAUAAUAAAGAUUUUUCACAAUCUUCCUCAUCAUCAUCAUCUCAUGUUCCUCAACAACAAUAUUAUCAAAAUUCAGAUUCAAGAUCAUCUUCAUUUAGCUUCAACAAUUAUAAUAGUGAUGAUAAAUAUGCUUUUAUUAAACAAAAAUUAAAAAUCAUUAAAAAGAGAACACCAUAUUAUAUACCAAUUAUGUCAUGGUUACCCAAAUAUAAUACUGCUAAUUUAAUUGGUGAUGUUACUGCAGGUGUUACAACAUCAAUUAUGUUAGUGCCACAAUCAUUAGCUUAUGCUAUACUUGUCGGUCUACCACCAGUUUAUGGUUUAUAUACCGGUUUAAUGCCAUUGUUAAUAUAUGCUAUCUUUGGUACAUCCAGACAACUUAGUGUUGGUCCAGAGGCUUUGGUUUCUCUCAUUGUCGGUACUACACUUGCUUCUAUUAGUGAUGCCUCUGAUGUUCCAUUGACAGAGGCAGAGCUUAUUGUUUGCGCAAAUAUUAUUGCAUUUUUAGUAGGUAUAGUGUCAUUGGUUUUAGGUUUACUUCGUUUUGGUUUCCUUUCAGAGGUACUUUCAAGACCACUCAUUAGAGGUUUCAUCAAUGCAGUUGCUUUUACUAUUUUAAUUGAACAAUUGGAUACAUUACUUGGUUUAGCAUCAGUUUCUGAAAGUGGUUGGCGUAAAUUGCCAAUUAUUUUCAAACAUUGGUCAGAAGUUAAUUCACUAUCUGCAAUAAUGAGUAUUUCUUCAAUUGUUUUAUUAUUAAUUUUAGCACAAAUUAAAAAAAGAUUCUGCCCAGAAAUUAGAACUAGAAUUCAUCAUCAUAUUUUAUUUUUUAUACCAUCAAUUUUAGUAGUUGUUGUUAUUGGUAUUUCAGUUAGUGCAGGAUUAAAAUUAUGUGAUAAAGGUAUUGUCUGUUUAUCUAAAGUUGAUACAAGUUUCCCAGUACCAACAUGGCCAAAAUUAAAUCGUUGGGAAUUAGUUAGUCAAUUGUUUAGUCCAGCUUUGUUCAUUAGUAUCGUCGGUUUUGUAGAGUCAAUGGCAGUUUCAAAGAAUUUUGCAACCAAACAUAAUUAUCAAGUUUCAACCAACAGAGAGUUAGUUGCAAUUGGAGCAUCAAAUAUUUUUGGAUCAUUUUUCUUAGCAUAUCCAAUUUAUGCCUCAAUGACACGUUCAGCAGUAAAUGAUAAGGCAGGUGCAAAAACUCCAUUAGCAGGUUUCUUUACAUUUGUUGUUGUGUUAUUUGCUCUACUUUUCUUAAUGCCAGUAUUCCAAUUUUUACCAAGAGUAGUAAUGAGCUCCAUUAUCUUUGUUGCUGCUUUGGGCCUUAUAGAGAUUCACGAUAUUUUAUUCCUUUGGAAACUUAGAGCAUGGAUCGAUUUAUUGUUGUUCUCUGCUACUUUUAUCUGCACAUUUGUAUUUAGUGUCGAAAUUGGUUUAAUGGUUAGCAUUGGUGCCUCCAUUCUUUUGGUCAUUAGACAAAGUUCAGCUCCUCAUUUUACAGUGUUAGGAAGAUUACCAGACCAACCAAACAAAUAUAAAGAUAUUAUUAUUUUCCCAGAUGCUAAACAAGUCGAAGGUGUUUUAAUUAUUCGUUUCGAAGAAUCACUCUAUUUCGCUAAUAUAGGCCAAGUUAAAGAAAUUCUUUUCCGUAUUGAAAAUAUGGGCAAUGCAUUAGCACAUCCAUCAGAAGCUUUACCACAAGAUCAGAGAUCACCAUUGUUGGGUAUUGUAUUUGAUAUGCGUAAUAUUCCAAUCAUCGAUGCCUCUUCAACCCAAAUCUUUUAUGAAAUGGUAGAGCAAUACUUAAAACGUAACAUCAAAAUUUGUUUUGUUAAAUUAAGAGAUUCACAAAAGAAAAAUUUCAUUAGAGCUGGUUUCGUCGAUUUAAUUGGCACAAGUUCUUUCUUUUCUUCAACUCAUGAUGCUGUAAACAAGUUAACUCAAAGUUUUAAACAAUCAAAUUUAUCUUAUUCAUAUUCUUCAUAUAACAAUUAUAAUAAUAAUAGUAAUAAUAAUAGUAAUAAUAAUAGUAAUAAUAAUAGUAAUAAUAAUAGUUUAAAUAAUAGCUUUGGUCAUUCUAAUGCAACAUUAGUAAAUUAUAAUAAUAAUAAUAAUAAUAAUAAUAAUAAUAUUGGGUAUUAUAAUAUUGAUAAUAGUGAUAAUAAUAGUAAUGGUAGUAAUAAUGAAAAUAUUGAUAUUGUAGAUAAUAAUGAAAAUAAUAAUGAAAAUGAUAAUAAUAAUAAUGAUAAUAAUAAUGAUAAUAGUAAUAAUAAUGAUAAUAAUAAUGACACCCAAAAUAGUGAUAUAUAG